GAGAUGAAGCCAAAGGAGCCAUGAGAAGGGGAAAAUGUCAAAGGUUACAAGGCGUGUGGAUGAUGAUGUCGUCGGUUUGGUUCGUGGCGCUCCUGGGCGGAGUGAGCGGACAACUGAGCAUGUUCGACGGUCUACUCAGGAUGUACCGGCGCCAGGGUCUUCCCUUCCGGGAGAACAGGUUUCUGGGCAACCAACCCAUCCUGAGCGAGUACGACUUCAUCGUGGUGGGCGCUGGAGCAGCUGGAUGUGUGGUGACCAACCGCCUCACGGAAGUGCCGGACUGGAAGGUGUUGCUGCUGGAGGCCGGGGUGGACGAUAGCAUGUUCACUGACGUCCCUAUCUUCAACACGUACUUGUGGUGGACGGAGCACAACUGGCUGUACCAGACGGAGCAGCAGAAGGAGGCCUGUCUCGGUCUCAAGGACAAGACCUGCCCGUGGCCCGCCGGCAAGGGGAUGGGGGGAGGCACCAUCAUCAACGCUCUGAUAUACACUAGAGGCAACACCGGUGACUAUGACAGAUGGGCCUCGUUGGGAAAUCCUGGCUGGAGCUACGCCGAUGUGCUUCCGUACUUCUUAAAAUCAGAAAAGGUCGCCAUACCUAGGUUGCAGAACUCUCCAUACCACGGGCACUCUGGGUAUUUAAACGUGGACUACUCCCCGUACAAAACUCCUCUUCGGGAUGCAUUCAUGGAAGCAGGGCGAGAACUAGGUUAUGAUUUUAUAGACUACCACGACCCCGCUACUCCGAUUGGGUUUUCCCCCAUUCAAGCCACGAUGUACAAAGGUCGAAGAAAUGGAGCGUCCAGGACAUUUUUGCAUCCGAUCAAGAACAGAAAGAACUUCCAUGUGGCUACCCAAGCGCACGUGACGAGAAUCCUGAUCGAUCCCAACACGAAGAGGGCGUACGGUGUGGAAUUCAUCAAGAACGGAAGGAAAAGAGUGGUUUUGGCUAGGAAAGAAGUGAUUCUAUCAGCUGGUGCUUUCAAUUCCCCGCAAUUGAUGAUGCUCUCAGGCAUUGGACCCAGAGAUCACCUGACCCAGAUGGGGAUUCCAGUGAUGGCCGAUCUUCCAGUGGGUAACAAUCUGCAAGAACACAUCAGCAUGGCCGGUCUGACCUUCCUCGUCAACGAGGGAGUAGGACUGAUAGUUAGCAGGCUUCUAGGAAACGCCACAACCUUUGCUUUGGAGUAUUUGAGCAGAGGGAGAGGACCCUUCACAAUGCUGGGUUGCGAAGCAUUAGGCUACAUAAAGACCAAGUACGCUAACAGCUCUAACUUUCCCGACAUAGAGUACAUAUUCGUACCAGCUUCUCUAGCUCUCGACAGCGGUUCGUCACUCAGGAAGACAAUGGAAAUCACGGACGAUCUUUACAAUGCGGUCUGGAAAGAUGUGGGUGGGAAAGACGCGUGGACUGUUUGGCCCAUGCUGCUAUACCCGAAGAGCACAGGAUUCGUGCGACUAGCAAGUACAAAUCCCCUGAAACCACCGAAGAUCAUCGCGAACUUCCUCACAGAGAAGAUCGACGUAGAUGUGAUGGCUGAAGCUCUCCAAACGGUUGUUGAGCUGAGUAAGACGAGAGCCUUCCAGAAGUUUGGCUCUAAGCUGCACGAUGUCCCGAUUCCCGGUUGCGCUCAGUUUCCCUUCGGCUCUCUGGACUACUGGGGAUGUUCCGCCCGCUACAUCACCACCCAGCUGCACCAUCAGUGCUGCACGAACAAAAUGGGGCCCUCCACCGACCCCGGGGCGGUGGUCGAUCCCUCCCUCAGGGUGUACGGGGUCUCUGGUCUGAGAGUCAUCGAUACCUCCGUAAUGCCGGUCAUUACUGGAGGACAUACCAUGGCCACGGCCUACAUGAUCGCGGAAAAAGGCUCGGACUUGAUCAAAGAAAUGUGGUUGUCCCAAAGAUUCUUCAAAUAACCCGAUUCUUUUGAAAUGACAGUAAAUAGCAACGCUGAUAAGUAGAGAUAAUUUAGUAUUAAGUUAUUUAAAGUGAUAUAUACUCUAGUAUUUUCGAGCUGUGUUACUUUUAAUUUGAAAAACAGUAUUUAAAUAGUAGCAAGAAUGUGGUUCAUAGUGAUGGAAAGGUUGUCCAUGAGUCAAGUCCAAGGUUUGUAGUACUAGUUUAAAUGGUUUGAUUAUAUUCUUAGCGCUUUACCAAAUAACACAACUGUUAAUAUUUAUAAUUAUUAGGAAGUGCUUAGAUUCAUAAAUUGAAACCAAACACAUUAGUGUGCCAAAUCUAAAAGUAUUCUCUCCAUCACCAUAAUUUUUUCAAUUUUGUAUUUUAAUUAUACAAUUUCUUAAGGAAAUAUCCAUCCCCUUUUCAGCCUUAUUCUGCUCGUCCUCAUGGGCCACUGGCCUAUGCGAGUAUCUUAUCAGAAAGAAUAAGAGGGAGAGCCGAUAAUGUAUAAGAUCGACAGUACUGAUAAUAGUGUAAUGGUCACAGACAGGAUUCGAACCUGCGCUAUCUCUAACUCAGACAGCCCUAAACCGGUCUGUUAUCGCUUUGAUAAUUUUGUUGCGAAAUACUAAUGUCGGAAGUUUUAAAAUAACUUUAGAUAUUUAGCCUUUUAUAGUGAUAAUAAUAAUCAUUAUUACUACACGUAAUAAAGAAUUUGAAAAUUGAUAUUGGCAGCACAGAAAAAUAUAAGUAUACACAUUAUUCAACUUAAUGUAUUACUAACCUAAAAUAUUCCAAUAAGUGGAAAAAAUUGUUUUUUAGAAUCAGUCAAGAGAUUUCGAGACAGUUUAAAUAUUAUUAGUUUAUUUCUUUUGGGAUUUACAUAUACUCAGUGUAAAGAAAAACUGUAAACAAAUAGUUUACAAAAAAGUUUGAGAAAAGUAAAGGCAUUCCAGAUUAUCUUUGAUUUUUUUCUGAAGUUUGAACGGACGUCAUACUUAAAUGAGUGUGCACCAAAGAUCUUGGAUAUGAUAAAAUUGUAACAAAGUCUCAAUUUACAGCAUUGUUUUUACCGGUUCUAGGUGAUCGAAAUAUACUUAUGGGCUGUACAUGUAAUUAUUAUGUACACAUUAUGGGUUACGACACAUUAUAUUAAUUAUAUAAUGUGUCGUAACCGAUUCGAAAUACAAAAUAAUUGUAUAUUAAAAACAUUCUAGGGCAUUUCAUAUGCAUUCCGGAAAUAUUGUAUUUUUAUAGGUCCAUAAAUAACACAGUUCUGAUUAUUUCUAACUGUGUAAUCCCCUGUUAUUCUUGUUGAGCUGAGUAAGACGAGAGCCUUCCAGAAGUUUGGCAAAUAAUCGAUCUUCAGUACUGAUUAUUGUACUGAAGAUCGAUUAAUGACCGCCAUAAUGAAAGAAAAUGACGUACCAAGCUGGUCAAUGAUCAUUUUGUGUACAAAAUAUACCUAACUAAAUUAUGUUAGUAGUAACUAAAAUUAGACUAUGUUCUCUAUUAGAACAUAUAUCAAUUCCUCUAAUCAGUAAGAUAAAAGUUGGUGAAUUCUAAACAUAAGUUUAAGUUAGGUUUUAUCAAUAGUUCUAAAAUUAUGUUGAUUUUGCCGCUUCGAAAAUUAAAAACUCUUGUGAACUUGUAAAAUAAAAAGAUAUUGUAAACCAAGAUUUUUAGUUAAAAAACCAGUGGAAACGAAAGCUUUCAUUUGCAUUUAAUGACCAAAUUUCUAGGAAACCAUUAUUGUGUUAUUCUAUAGUAAAAUCGCAAAUUUUUCGAACCCCCAUAUUUUGUACGAGAAUCAUGAAAUAUUAAGCCAAAUCAUGAUUUCUUGGAGUUAAAAUGCGUAAUACAUUAUUCAUUUGAAAGCUUGUAGUUUGCUAUUCACCUAUGAGAGUAAAUUAGUAAUUCCAUAGAAUUACUAUAACUUUGGUGACUGGAGAGCGAUUUUUUCGUAUUUUUGGUUUUAGAGGUGUUUCAGUCGAUAGCCAUCACUAUUCAAUAUUUUGAAGCGGUAAAUUUACAAAUAAACAAACGCCAUGGAUAUUACAUGGAUAUUAGUGCUAAACCCCUAGAAAGGGCAAAAAUACCAGUGAUGGAGGAGAGGUCUUUAAAACACUUGUUAUAUAAUUUUAUGUACUUGUACGUAUAAAGUGUAAUAUUGUCACAUUUUAAGCAAAAAAAGACGAUUUUAGCUGUUAUGUUGGUUUGAUGACUUGUGAUGAUGCUCAAUUACUGAUGACGCUUUACUUACUAGUUAACUUUCAUAGAGUAUUACUUGUUAUUGUGCAUUACUGUUUUACUUGAUAGUUAAUAAAUUAUGCAAUGUACAAAUAUUGAGUGUCCAGAUUGAAUUUGAAUCUAUAGUGACUGCUUGUAUUUUGUAUUUCACAUUGUUUCAGCAGUUCUUGUACUAAUUGUUGUAUAUAACAGAAGUUUCUUUGAACGGCAGUGCACAAAUUCUAAAAAACUACUUGUUUACAUAAUAAUAUAUAAUGUAGUAUAUAAGGAGUGUUUCAACAAAAUGUAUACACUUUUUGAAACAUCAUAGAAGUUGGCUGAAAACCUAUAUGAGGAAAUGAUUAAAAGAAUAAUUUUCAAAUAAAUACAGCAUUUUUGAAUUUAAUCCGUGGUUGAAGAGGUUGAACUUAAAUGCUUUUAAUCUAAAUAACGGUCUUAAAAUAUAUAUUUUCUGUGGAAUUUUAUGUUUGAGUAUACGUUGUAAGAUUGAGUUUGAACACAAUCAAUGUUGAUAGGGUUUUAGUGCACAGAAAAGGUAACAAAUAUGUACACAAGGUGGAGUGGAUCAAGAAAAUUCUGCAGAUAAAACUUUUACAAAAUUUUAAUUUAGACAUCGGCCAAGAAAUUUAUUUGUAUUUAAUUUAUAAUUUUAAAAGGUAAUAAAUAAGAUAAAGAAAUCAGAUAUUUUAUUAAAUAAAAACAAUACAGACAAGCCCUUUGUUAAUUGGCUCCGAGAUAAAGUGUAACAACUGCAGUGUUUUAAGCAAUUAACUACAGUAAAAUUAUUUUACGAUUUAUUUAAAGCAUAUAACAUUUAAAAUCAAUUUCAAAAUUAAUAUGCACAUGUAUGUACCGAGGUAACGGUAACCCAAUCACAGUUGAACAGUGGUCCGUAAAUUUACCACGUCUAACAGUAUGUUGUGCUUUAUCUUGAGGACAUCCACUCUGAAAUUUGACCGUACUAUGCAAAUAAAGCAGUAAAAGUGAUUUACAAUGCUUGUUUUUAAACAUUAGUUUAAAAGUUGUAAACUUUGAAACAACACUGGUGGCAUAUAUCUGUAUAAACAUGUUUCCUACUACACUAAAUACAGUAAUUCAAAAUGUGUAUACAUAUUUUUUACUAUGUGUAUUGUAUAGUGAUAAAUGAUAAUUUUGUUAUUGUGUAAAAGUAUCCAGUAAUGUUUCAAGUAUAUUAAAUUAUUUUUGUAAGUUUUC